AAGAGAAUCGAGAGGUAUGUCGGUCGGAGAGAAAGACCUUGAGGCGGCUGCGGCGGCGGCAGUACCGGCCUCUGGCGACGACGACGCCGCCGCCUCCGCCGCCGGGCGCCGCAGGCGCGACGGCAGCAGCGUCUACGAGCGGUGCGUCUCCGGGCUGGAGCUCGCUCUGGAGGCCGGGCGGCCGCUGAGGGAGCUGGACCCGGAGAAGAUCAAGGAGGAGAUCAAGCGGUGGGCGAAGGCCGUCGUCGCUUACGCCCGCCAGCUGAGCUUCGGCAGCAAGCAGCAGCGAUCGGAGAAUUGAAUUGCGAUCAUGUAGAUCAAUAAUCAUAGUUCACGCCAUGGCCUGCGACGACUCUGGUCGUUGACUUUGUCUCAUCAAUCAUCAUAUUAAUGGUGGAUUAAUUAAGAGCUGUUUUAUGUAAAUAAAUGAUCGUUCGUUAUUCUUUGUGUACACAAUUAAUAAUUGAGUUAAUUGUUUUUCGGAAGAAUGAUUCGAGGAGGAAUAAUGUUUUAGUGUACAGAACGCUUGUGCUUUGUUUUGGGAGGUAGCAGGAA